UGCGCGCACAUGUGCGCCCGGAUGGUGCGAGGCUGCUGGAGCCGGUGGUUUUUCAAACGAAAUGUCGAUAAUUCUGAAGUGAUUAUUUUUCCGGACUCGUUCUCUUUUACCGCAGCGGAGGAGGUUUGACAGACAAACAUAUCGGCAGAGAUGUCGUACUGUAAACAGGAAGGGAAGGAUCGCAUUAUUUUUGUGACCAAGGAAGAUCAUCAAGCUCCAAGCAACGCAGAGUUGAUUGCAGAGGACCCCAACGAUCCUUAUGAGGAACAGGGUCUGAUCCUGCCCAAUGGAGAAAUUAACUGGAAUUGCCCGUGCCUGGGUGGCAUGGCCAGCGGGCCAUGUGGCUCUCAGUUCAAGGAGGCUUUUUCCUGCUUUCACUACAGUAAGGAGGAGGUGAAGGGCUCAGAGUGCAUCGACCAGUUCCGAAACAUGCAGGAGUGCAUGCAAAGGUACCCUGAGCUCUACCCUCAGGAAGACGAUCAAAUCAGCUCCACUCAAUCAGAGUCCAAUGCUGAUUCUGAGGGCUCAGCUUUACCCCAUGAAAGUGACUCUGCUCCAGCUGAGCCGGCUGUCUCAGCGGACAGUACAUCAGCCGCAGACAGCCAGACUUCCAGCUAAUGUCCACUGGUCAGUGCCCGGUCUGUUGCUCGGUGUGGAAGCACUGCCCAGUGUAAAGGAAGGUCCAUGACGUUCUCAGGAUGGUGUGUUCUGAUUGGCCCAACAUGUCUUCUCUGGCCUCCAGCAAACUCCCUGGUUGAGUCAUUAUUUAUGAACACAGUAUAGCAGAGGACCUAGCUGAGACAUGUAUGCACAUCAUUUAGGAGAGGAUAACUCG